UGCUCUCCUCUUUUUCUUGGCCCCCAAGAGAGUCUCUUUCCUCUGCAUCUCCCGAUCCGUCUCCAAAUCCCUCUGCUGCAUCGACAUGGACGUGAAGAUCCGCGAAUUCUUCGACUCCGUCGGCUCUUUCUUCACCGGAGGCGAUAAUAUUCCAUGGUGCGACCGCGACAUCAUCGCCGGGUGUGAGAGAGAGGUCGCGGAGAGUGACAGUUCAGAGACCAAGAACGAAUGCCUCAUGAGAUUAUCUUGGGCGCUCGUUCAUUCCAGGCACCCGGAAGAUGUGAAUCGUGGAAUUGCUAUGCUUGAAGCUUCUUUGGAUAGUUCGGCAAGUCCACUGCAAACUAGGGAGAAACUGUAUUUGUUGGCUGUCGGGUUUUACAGAAAUGGAGAUUACUUGAGAAGCCGCCAGAUCCUGGAACAAUGUUUACAGAUGGCACCUGACUGGGGACAAGCCCAAACUCUGAAGAAGGUAGUGGAAGAUCGAAUUGCCAAAGAUGGUAUGAUUGGCAUCGGAAUUGCGGCAACUGGGGUGGGUCUUCUGGUGGCUGGGAUCGCCGCACUUGCAACUCGGAAGUAGUUGGUUCCUUAAUUGUCACAAAAAACCUGCUUUUUUUCCCCUUGUUCUCUGAAUGCUUAUAGUUUCAACUUUACUACGUCCGAUGCUGUAUGAGUAAAAUGCUCUCGUGCCAAGUGAGUGCUAAAACUCUGUUAACUCGUUGAGCGAGUGAAGGGUAAAAUUCUCAAGUUCUAACUUUCUUUUAUGCCAUAGAAAUAUCAAUUUUCAAAUAUAAAAAAAAACAUUUAUAUUUGGUUCUA